AUGGCUGCUUCUUCUGCUCUUCCUGCUCCUAUCCUCCAUCCUCAAGACAAGUAUGAUGUGUUUCUUAGUUUCAGAGGUGCAGAUACACGCUACACUAUUACCAGCCAUCUUCAUGCUGCUUUAUGUGGGAAGAAAAUCAAAACCUACAUAGACGAUAAACUUGAGAGAGGAGAUGAAAUUGCACCCUCCCUUGUCGAAGCAAUCCACAAAUCGAAGCUUUCAGUAAUCAUUUUCUCGAAAAACUAUGCUUCUUCUACUUGGUGUUUGGAUGAACUUGUGCAUAUACUAGGAUGCAGAGAGAGAGAUGGACAGUUUGUUGUACCCAUUUUUUACGACAUUGAUUCAUCUCAUGUACGAAAACAGCUGGGGAGUUAUGCAGAUGCAUUUGCUAAACAUGAACAACGUUGGAAGGACAGUGUGGACAAGGUGCUCAUGUGGAGAUAUGCUUUGGAGAAAGCAGCCAAUCUAUCUGGGUUUGAUAAUUCAAACAAAACUAGGACGGAAGCAUAUUUAGUUGAGACUGUUGUUGAAGAUAUUUUGACCAAACUGAAUCGAAAAUCCUCAAGUGAUUUAAAGGGCCUGGUUGCAAUUGAAAGCCAAAUUGAGCAAAUUGAAUCAUCCUUAUGCAUUGAUUCACCAGAGGUUUGCUUUGUAGGCAUUUGGGGCAUUGGUGGUAUUGGCAAGACCACCCUUGCUGGUGCUGUAUAUAAUCGACUCUCUUCUAAAUUCAAGGCUUCUUGUUUUCUUGCAAAUGUUAGAGAGGAAUCAGAAAAGCAUGGAUUAAAUCACUUGCGAAAUAAACUUCUUCAUGUGUUAUUAGAGGACGAAAAUCUUACAAUCGACACUCCAUCAAUAGGAUCAACUUUUGUUGGGGAGAGGCUUUGCCGUACAAAGGUCCUCAUUGUUCUUGAUGAUGUGAACGACAUGAGCCAAUUAGAACUUCUAGCUGGAGAUCAUGUUGGGUUUGGCCCCGGAAGUAGAAUCAUUAUAACAACUAGAAAUAGGCGCCUGCUUAAGAAGAAGGUUGAUGAUGAUAAGAUAUACAAGGUUAAAGGAUUAAAUUGUGAUGAAGCUCUUCAGCUCUUUCAUUUGCAUGCCUUAAAAAAUAACUCUCCUAGAACCGAUUAUGCAGAGUUGUCAAAAAUGGUGGUAGAUUAUGCUGAAGGCAUUCCCUUAGCUCUUAAGAUUUUCGGUUCCUCAUUCCUUCACUGCAAGAGCAAAGAAGAAUGGGAAAAUGAAUUGAAAAAAUUGAAAAACUUUCCCAGCAAAAAAAUUCAGAAUGUGUUGAGACUAAGUUAUGAUGGAUUAGAAAAAAAUGAGAAGGAGAUAUUCCUUGAUAUAGCAUGUUUUUAUAAAGGAAUGAAUGUGGAUUUUGUGAAAAGAAUGUUAGACAUUCGUGGUUUCUUUGUGGUGGGGAUUGGAGUUCUCAUUGAUUCAUCUCUAAUAUCAAUUUCAACAAGUUACUGCCUAGAGAUGCAUGAUUUGGUACAAGAAAUCGGUUGGGAAAUUGUUCGCGAACAAUGUAUUGAGCCUGGAAAGCGUGACAGGUUGUUCAUUGCUGAGGAUGUCUGUCAUGUACUAAAAAACAAUACAGCAACUGCAAUGGUUCAAGCCAUAUCCUUUAACACGUCUAACAUUAGAGAGCUACACUUGAGUCGUGCAGCCUUCAAAAAGAUGUACAAUCUAAGAUUGCUAGAAAUUUAUGAUUCAAGCUAUGGCCAGAAGUACUGCAAAUUAUACCUUUCUCAAGGUCUUCAGACUCUUCCUGAAUCUCUUAGGUAUCUUUACUGGGAUGGAUACCCUUUGAAAUCUUUGCCAUCAAAAUUUUCUCCAGAAAAUCUUGUUGAGCUCAAAAUGCCCCGCAGCCUGGUUAAGCAACUUUGGGAAGAAGACCUGAUUUAUCUCGGGAACUUAAAAUUGAUCGAUCUUAGUUUCUGCAAACAUCUGACAGAACUUCCAGAUCUUUCUCAGAGUCGAAAAAUGGAGCAUAUAAAUCUUUAUGGCUGUACAAGUUUGGUUCGAAUUCCUUCAUGUUUCCAGUAUCUUGGCAAUCUUACUUUUCUUGACCUGGGAUGCUGCUCAAAUCUCAAAUAUCUGCAGGAGAUGCCAGGCAAUAUUGAAUUAUUGAAUUUAGAAAGCACUGCAAUUGAGGAAUUGCCUUCAUCAGUUUGGUCUAACAAAAAAAUUUCUUUCUUGAAUAUUCAACGCUGUAAAUACCUUGAGAAUCUUCCCAGCAGCAUUUGCAAGCUAAAAUGCUUUGGUUUUCUUCUAGGGGGCUGCUCAUCUCUCCGUAAGAUUUCAGAACUUCCCAGGAAUAUAAGUGUAUUAGAUUUGACUUGGACAGCAAUAGAAGUGGUACCCUCAUCAAUCGAGUGUCUCUUUGGUCUCACUACAAUUUACCUGAAUGAUUGCAAAAGGCUUGUGAGUCUGCCAACCAGCAUUUUUAAGCUGAAAUCUCUUAAGAGUCUUGAUCUCAAUGGUUGCUCUAACUUUGAAUGCUUCCCCGACAUCUUGGAGCCUACUGAACAUCUGGAACUUCUUAAUUUAUCUAAAACUGCAGUUAAACAGCUACCCGUGGAGAUUGAAAAUCUGAUUGGGCUUCAAACAUUAAAUCUAUGCCGGUGCAAGGACCUUGAGUUUGUCCCAGAUAGCAUCUACCAUCUAAACUGUCUUAAAACUCUCAGUUUUUAUGGCUGUUUGAAAUUUAAAAGCCUGCCUCCCUUCUCGAUCGGUUUGUGCUCUUUGGAAGAACUAGACCUCGGUUACUGCAAUAUAUUACAAGUCCCGGAUCCCCUCAUUUGUUUAACGUCAUUAAGAUCUUUAAAUCUAAGUGGAACCAUGAUUCAGAGCUUACCUGCAAGCAUCAAACAAGCUUCUCAGCUGCGUUACCUGUGGUUAACAAAUUGCAAGAGACUUCCAUCUUUACCUGAGCUCCCUGUGCUGCGUCAUCUUGAAGCACAUGGCUGCACGUCGUUGAAGAAUGCUUGGAGGAAUAUGAUGGGUGAAGCACAGCUUAGAAUUAUGCAAAUGGCAACUGCGUCAUCAAACCCUACAGACGAUGCAUAUUAUGGUUAUGGUCCUGCAAGUCCUUCAGUUAGCAUUGUUUGUCCAGGAAAUGAAAUUCCAAAUUGGUUCAGCUAUCAAAACGAGGGAUCUUCAAUAAAUAUCACCCUUCCUCCAAAUUGGUUUCGUACAGAUUUCUUGGGUUUAGCUCUAUCCCUUGUCGUUGAAUUCAACAACUAUUAUGUUAAACGGGCGGGUUUGAAGUUUGCAUGUACAGCCAAUUUCAAAUCGAGUAAUGGUGAAGGCCAUGAAAUCAGGUGUCAUUUGCAUCGUCUGUAUAAGGAUAUAAGCAGCUCUGGACGGAACAAUUUCAAUUCAGAUUAUGUGUUUGCAUGGUAUACUGCGUCCAUGCUUGUAGCUGCAGCAAAAUACUCCAGUGGCACUGGUUUUUACAAUGUCACUGAGGCCUCUGUUGAUUUCUUCCUGAUGGAUUUAAACGGGUUUCCCCUUAAGGAUUACAAAGUUCAGGUGAAGAAGUGUGGGUUGUGGUUGUUGUACGCCAAAGAUGCUGAGAAUUUGAUGUCAUGCUGA